ACUUGAACGCAUCAUUAGCUGCAGCGUUGCGGUCAGACGGACAGACACAGACAAGACAGAUUUUAGGAGACCGAGUGACGGUGCAGAACCGAACAGCCCUGUGAGUCUUUUAUUGGGUUAUUUACCGGAACAUUAACGGAUCUCGCCGGUAUGAACACGGAGGAGACGAACGUGGAUCUGAAGGAUGCUGCGGAUGAAACCAAAGAUGCUGAGCCGAAGGAGGCGGCGGAGGAUCCCGCUCAGGUUUCCGGGGAUGCUGAUGCGACGGAGGCCGACGUAAGCGAGGCGGAUCUGGACCAGGAGGAGCAGGAGAAGCUGCCGAUGACCGGAGGAGGAGACCUGGCCGAGGACGCUCCGUCUGCCGGCGGGGAGGCGCCCUCGGCGGCGGAGAACGGCUCCGUGAAGCUGAAGAUGCCCGAAGAGGAGGAGGCGGAGGAGGUGAAAUUCACCGGGCUGAACAAAGAGGAGCUGAUGAGGGUGGCCGGGACUCCGGGCUGGGUGAGGACCCGCUGGGCAUUGCUGGUGGUCUUCUGGCUCGGCUGGUUGGGGAUGUUGGGGGGGGCCGUGCUGAUCAUCCUGCAGGCGCCGCGCUGCAGAGAUCUGCCCGACACCGCGUGGUGGAACGGGGGCCCGCUGUACCAGAUCGGAAACAUCCAGGCCUUCACCGACACCGGAGACCUCAAGGGCGUGGAGCAGAAGGUGGGCAGUCUGUCCCAGCUGAAGGUCCGGGGGCUGCUGCUCGGUCCGAUCCACGUGGCUCCGCCAGACGAAGCCAUGAGUCUGAGGUUCGAGGAGAUCUCCUCCGAGCUCGGGACCCUGGAGCAGUUCAGGAGCCUCGUCCAGGCCGCCCACAAGAAGGGUAUUUUUGUGGUUCUGGAUCUGACUCCGAACUACCGGGGAUCGUCUGGACCCUGGUUCUCCAACAUCAGCGUGACCAACGUAGCCGAGAGGCUCAAGUCUGCUCUGGUCUUCUGGAUGAAUGAAGGCGUAGACGGCGUGCAGCUGGCGGGGGUGGAGCGGGUGGCCAGCGUCGUGCCGUCUCUGUGGCUCGACAUCCGAGCCAUCGUCCAGAACGGGACGGAGGAGCGCCCCGACAAGAGGGUCCUGAUCGGCGUCACCGAGCGCUCCGCGGCCGAAGACGUCUCGGCGCUCCUGUCUUCCAGCGGCGUGGACCUGCUGGUCUCCAGGGUCCUCCGCCCCGGCAACACCGACGCUGAGGCCGGCGAGCUGGCCCAGUCCGUGCAGCUGCUGUAUUCGUCCCACAGCCAGAGCCGGCUGGCCUGGAGCCUCGGGGGGCGCGCCGAGGGUCACCUGGCCUCGCUGGUGGGCCCGGCGCUGGUCAGGCUGCACACGCUGCUGCUGCUCACGCUGCCUGGCGCGCCGGUGGUCAACUACGGGGACGAGAUCGGCCUGAUGGACCAGGACACCAAGUUUCCCAGAAUGCUUUGGGACUCUGACGAGGAGCUGAACGGGACUCUGCAGGUAAACAAGCAAAACAAUACAAACACGACACAGAGACACAGUGAGUUAGAGACACAGCGGAGCUCAGAGCGGAAUCACGGCGUCACGGAGACCGACUCUCUGCGUCUCCUGCCCGGCCUGACGGGCCGCGUCGAGCCGCUGACAGGGAGUACGGAACCGCUUCUCCUCCAGGAUGAUGGAUGUAACUCCGAACCGUUCCUUCCUUUCACAUCUGACCGAGGUUUUGGGGUGGUGGUGGUGGCGGGGGACACAGUUGGAUUUGUGGAUGAGAACCGGCCACCGGGCCGGAUUUCGUACGGAGGGACGCCGGCCGGAGCGGAGGAGGCGGAGGGAGGAGCAGCAGCAGCAGCAGCAGCAGCGGCUGCGGGGAACCGAUCUGACAACCUCAUCCCCGGCGGGAGAGAAGCAGAGAGGCGGCCAGAGGAGGAUGUGAAGAUGGGUUUAAUGUUCGGUCUCCUGUGGCUGUUCACCGGCUUCCUGCAGGGCGUGCACGGCCAGGGCGUGUACGCUCAUUUGGGACGAAAAAAGGUCAGACACAGUCGCUCUCCGUUUGGCUGCUUCUCUGUGAAUGCCACCGAGCUAUUGGCCGGCACAGCGCCGCCCGCAAGCCGCUCUCUGCAACGAGGCUGA